AUUGAACAUCUUAUUGAAAGGGCUUAGGGGAAAAAAGGUUUCUCAUUUAUCCCUUUAACAAAACAAAAUUCUCCAAUGGAUUCAAGAGAAACACCGGCGGCGGCGGCGGCUUCAAUGCACCAAUCUCAAUCUCAUCAUCUGAGACAACCCACUUCCUACAACUACAAUCACUCCACUGUUUCCUCUCAAACCUUACCCGUCGGUUCAAAUUCGAAUUCCGCCUCACCCUUUAUGCAGACUUCACGAUUUCCCCUCAAUUCCUCCGCCCCACCAACUGUUGACGGUCUGAGCUCACCUUUUGCUGAUGGAUCCCUUAACAUUGUGCCAGAUAAGAAGAAGAAGCGAGGAAGGCCUAGGAAGUAUUCUUCUGAUAGUGGCAUUGGUUUGGGUCUAAACCCUGAUGCUAGCCCUACUCAAGUUACUCCUUUCUCCACUUCUGGUCAUGGGUUUUCUGGAACUGGCAGUCAGUCUUCUGAUCCAAGGGUUAAGAAGAGUAGAGGAAGGCCUCCUAGUUCAGGAAAGAAGCAACUUGAUUCUCUAGGACCUUCUGGGGUUGGGUUUACACCACAUGUGAUAUUAGUUCAUGCAGGGGAGGACAUAGCGUCAAAAAUCAUGGCGUUCUCACAGGAAGGGCCUCGCACUAUUUGUAUUCUCUCAGCAAAUGGUGCAGUCUGCAAUGUCACCCUCCACCAACCUGCAUCUUCUGGGGGCACUGUUACUUACGAGGGCCGCUUUGAGAUAAUCUCACUAUCUGGCUCUUUUGAGCUGUCUGAAAGCAAUGGUAGUACCCAUGGAAGAAGUAGCAGUCUUAGUGUGUCAUUAGCUGGUUCAGAUGGACGAGUGUUAGGGGGAAAUGUUGCCGGGAUGCUAACUGCUGCUACUCCAGUGCAGGUGAUAGUAGGAAGCUUUGUUUUUGCUGAAGUGAAGAAACCGAAAGCUGAGAUUUCUUCAACACCAUUUCCAAGGAAUAUGUUGGCUUCUGCUGUGACAUCUCCACCUUCUCAGUCUCAGGGGGGAUCAAGCGAUUCGUCUGAUGAUAAUGGUGGCAGUCCUUUUAACCAAGGAGGAACAACAACACUUUUUAACAACAAUUCUAGUCACCACCAUCAACCGCAACAUCAUAACAUGAGUUUGUAUUCAAAUAUGGGAUGGGGUAAGUAGUAAACUGUAACUGUUUAUGGAGAUUGAGACUGGUGAAUGGGGGAGAAUUUACAUUAUUGACUUAAGAGAUUGUGUUAUGUAUUCUGGUUGGUUUAGGAGUUUGCUAGACAUGUAUCAUGUACUGUAGUAGGUGUUUUUUCCUUUUUAAAAUUUAUUUUAGAACUGCUAUGUUAGUUUAUU